UACUGAGGAUGUCUACAGUCAUAGAUGAUGACGUCCUUCAAAUUUGUGCUAGCCAUGAGGAUCUUUUAGGCGAAACUGAUGAUGCCAAGUAUUUAAAUUCAGAAGUUGUUGUGCUUAAAUUCAUAAAUAAGAAUGGGAGUAAAAUAAUCUCGUUCACUGGAUCAAUUCACAAGCUACUGAUGGACAAUAAUGUAAAAAUUAAAGGAAUUUACUGGAAAGGAGAUUAUACGUGUCUCAUCGAGGUCCUAUUGACUGAUUUCCUUGAAAUCUUUCUGAUAGCACUGGUCGGAGCACGUAAUAACUCUCGUACAGUAAGUGAUAAGACGAAGAAGGACAUUCUUAAAAACUGCUUUGGUAAGUUCAGUAUUAUAUUACUGAAUGAAAUAAUAUGCAUGAUCGUGGUGCCUCAUAUUAGUGAAAAAUUGAUCGAAUGCAAAUCUACUUAUUAUCCCUUUGGUCAUUGCACUGGUAAUGUCAUCAAUCUUAUAACUAAUUGCCUAAAAGAGAGUCCGGAGCUAAUUGUCAAAAAGAUUAUUAAGGAAUUGAAUAACGGCAAUAAAUUAAUUGAAAUCUACGGAUAUCAUAUUGAGUGCUCUGGAAAGUCUGAUUAUGCUUUGAGAUUUUUCAUCAAGACUAGUAGCAUCAAUAAUAAUGUUAUGAGAUCACUGAAUGCAGCUUUUGGCUCAUUGUCGUUCUGCUCGUCAACUCUACAUCUCAUUCCUGAAGUAAAGAGUAGCGAAUUCUCAAAUGCUAUGAACAGCUCGUUAAAUUCGAAGCAACUUUGGUCUGCCUUGUCUGAAAUCGAUGUUUUAAACUGCAAUUCCAAUGAGCAAGCUUUAGCAAUGAAGAGAAAUACUCCGACUAAUGUGAACUUAACUCCAAAACCAACUGAUCGUAAGAAAAUAACUGCUACUUCGUCACAGAGCAGCUCAUCCAUUUUCAGCAGACUUGGACCAAGAAUUAAUACUUACCGGUCACAUUUAUCAUCGGAUACACACCCAUACGCGAGAACUUAUUUAAAUCUCCAAAUAACAGCACGAUUUAGUACAUCAUCUUCUUCGAAAACCUUGAAAUCAAAAUCUCGUCACUGAAUGAAUUCUUUAUCCCUCCUUUAUUGAAUUGAAAUAAUAUUUCUGGAAGUAAUGACCUCUUAAUUCUUCUGCCUCACAUGACUUCUCUCUCUUCACUUGUGUAAUCU